AUGUACGUCUCAGAUGUGGCGCAGCAAGAUUGGGACGAAGACACAGAACGGCUGACGUUCGCACUGAACAUUGCAGACGAUUGUGUGCGAAAAGAGACAACAAUCGAUAUGGCCCACAUGUGGGACGGUAGAACCACCGUGAAGGCGACUUUGCCAGUGGUGAACACCUUAUUCAAAGGGUCGGGAGCUUGA